UCAGGGGAGCAGGAGCUUGUAAGGAAUGCACAGAGGGAGGCACAGCGUACAGGAAGAGAUCAUGCAUCCCGAGCAGACAGGCAGGAACCCUCAUUCCUUCCGUAACAGGGAAACCCAUGAGGCAUACUACCUGAGAAUGCAGCGAGCCAGAGAGAAGGUGGAGAAAAUGGGUGAGAACAAGCGCAAAAGGAAGCUGAGGGUGUGUGUGGCCACCUGUAACCGUGCCGACUACUCCAAACUCGCCCCCAUCAUGUUCGGCAUCAAGGCCCAGCCAGAAUGCUUUGACCUGGACGUGGUGGUGCUGGGCUCCCACCUCAUCGACGACUAUGGCAACACCUUCCGCAUGAUCGAGCAGGACGACUUCGACGUCAGCUCCAAGCUGCACACCAUCGUGCGUGGGGAGGACGAGGCGGCCAUGGUGGAGUCGGUGGGCCUGGCGCUGGUCAAGCUGCCCGACGUGCUUCACCGGCUCAGCCCGGACGUGCUGGUCGUCCACGGCGACCGCUUCGACGCCCUGGCGCUGGCCACCGCCGCCGCCCUGAUGAACAUCCGCAUCCUGCACCUGGAGGGCGGCGAGGUGAGCGGCACCAUCGACGACUCCAUCCGCCACGCCAUCUCCAAGCUGGCGCACUACCACGCCUGCUGCACCCGCAGCGCCGAGCAGCACCUCAUCGCCAUGUGCGAGGACCACGCCCGCAUCCUGCUGGCCGGCUGCCCCUCCUACGACAAGCUGCUCUCCGCCCACCGGCGCGACGACUACAUGGACAUCAUCAGGGCCUGGCUGGGAGUCGACGUUAAGGAGCAGAACUACAUUGUGGCCCUGCAGCACCCGGUCACAACUGACAUUAAAAACUCCAUCAAGAUCUACGAGCUGAUGCUGGACGCCCUCAUCUCCUUCAACAAGAAGACCCUCAUCCUCUUCCCCAACAUUGACGCAGGCAGCAAGGAGAUGGUGCGCGUGAUGAGGAAGAAGGGUAUCGAGCAGCACCCCAACUUCCGGGCGGUGAAGCACGUGCCCUUCGAACAGUUCAUCCAGCUGGUGUCGCAUGCCGGCUGCAUGAUCGGGAACAGCAGCUGCGGGGUGCGUGAGGCCGGGGCCUUCGGGACGCCCGUCAUCAACCUGGGCACCCGGCAGACGGGCAGGGAGACCGGUGAAAAUGUCCUCCACGUAAGAGACGCAGACACACAGAAUAAGAUCUAUCACGCCCUGGAGCUGCAGUUCGGAAAACGUUAUCCGUGCUCUAAGAUCUACGGUGACGGCAACGCGGUGCCGCGGAUCCUGAAGUUCCUGCAGAGCAUCGACCUGGACGAGCCGCUGCAGAAGACCUUCCGCUUCCCGCCGGUGAAGGAGUGCAUCUCCCAGGACAUCGACCACAUCCUGGAGACGCAGAGCGCGCUGGCCGUGGACCUGGGCGGCACCAACCUGCGCGUGGCCAUCGUCGGCAUGAAGGGGGAUAUAGUUAAGAAAUACAUCCAGGCGAACCCCAAAACCUACGAGGACAGGAUCGAGCGGAUUCUGAAAAUGUGCAAGGAGGCAGUCAUCGAUGCCGUGGGCCUGAACUGUAGGAUUCUCGGAGUGGGUGUGUCCACUGGUGGUCGGGUCAAUCCCCAGGAGGGAGUGAUCCUUCACUCCACCAAGCUGAUCCAGGAGUGGAGCUCGGUGGACAUCCGCACGCCCAUCUCUGACGUGCUGCACCUGCCGGUGUGGGUGGACAACGACGGGAACUGUGCCGCGCUGGCCGAGAAGAAGUUCGGCCAGGGGAAAGGCGUGGAGAACUUUGUGACCAUCAUCACUGGAACAGGCAUCGGCGGUGGGGUCAUCCAGCACAGUGAGCUGGUCCACGGCAGCACCUUCUGCGCAGCGGAGCUGGGCCACAUCAUGGUGUCUCUGGAGGGGCCCGAGUGCUCAUGCGGCAGCCGCGGCUGCAUGGAGGCCUACGCCUCGGGCCUGGCCCUGCAGAGGGAGGCCAAGAGGCUGCACGACGAGGACCUGCUGAUGGUGGAGGGACUGUCCCUGAAGAACGACGAGGUCGUCAACGCUGGUCACCUCAUCAGUGCUGCACGGCUCGGUAACUCCAAGGCAGAUGCCAUCCUCCGAACAGCUGGCACAGCCCUGGGUGUGGGCAUCGUAAACAUCCUGCACACGGUCAACCCCUCUCUGGUCAUCCUGUCUGGCGUCCUGGCCUCCUUCUACGAGAGCCCCGUCCAGAGGGUCAUCAGCCAGCGUGCCCUCAGCUCCGCCCAGGGCAUCAAGGUGGUGACCUCUGACCUGGAAGAGCCUGCUCUCCUGGGUGCUGCCAGCAUGGUGCUGGACUACACCACCAGGAGAAUAUACUGAACAGACAGCACCACUCCCCCCGCCCACCAUGCACAGUACACCUUUCUGCCUGCAGCCCUGACUAAAAAGCACAGGCCUGGGGGCCUACUUCUCAUGGGUAUGGCGCCAUGUCUGGCACAUGUACUUCCACGGCCCUCCAUGCUGUGUAUGGAACCAUCUGAAGCUGUGGAGAUUCAUCCGGAGGGUGGUGGUAGAUUUUCUCUUGGUUUACAGAUUGAUGCUGCUCACAGUUUUUAUUUCAGGAGCUUUAUUUUUAAGCAUGUUUUUAAUAAUGAUAUGAGUUAAAUUAUUGCCAUACUAUGUGUACGA